AUGAUAAAGUUGUUAGUUGUUUAUAUUUUUCUGUUAAGUCACUGUCUUGCUUUUGACUUUUUAGAAAGAUGUAACAAAUGCUCUAAAGCUUGUCCUAGUCACCAAGUAUUUUCAAAUUCCGAAAAAGGCAAUUCUUCGGCAUGUGCUAAGCCUUCGAAAUCAUGUCAAGAUUCAAAAUAUAGAACUCUUGAUGGAUCGUGUAAUAAUCUAAAGCACACAGAAUGGGGCAUGUCAGAGACACCGUACUGGAGACUAGUUCAGAAUAACUAUGGUGAUGGUAUCAGCUCAUUACCAAUAUCAAGUACGGGAAAGCCCUUGGUUAGUGCUCGUCAAAUCCGAUUAAGCGUUUUCACUAAUAAAGAAAUAAAUGACCAGAAAUACACGCUCCUCACCAUGCAAUGGGGCCAACUUAUAGCUCACGACAUGUCGCUGGCAGCCCCGCCGCCGUCAUCAGAGGUUCCCGUAUGCUGUACUUCGAACGGAAUGUACACCGAUGAAGCAUCUACAAAUGCUCAAUGCGCUGCUAUUGGAGUUCCAGUCAAUGACCCUGUUCGUAGCCCGCUAGGGAUAAAAUGCUUGGAAUUCGACCGUACAAAAACAACUAAACAUAACAAUUGCACGGCCCCGAAAGUUCCUGCUGAUCCGAUAUCAUCAACGACAUCUUACAUGGAUCUAUCCUUUGUAUAUGGAAACAAUGAAGACCAAGCAUCACCAUUACGAGCAUGGUGUGGAGGAAGGCUGCUGAACGUGAUAAGAAAAGGCCAAGAGUGGCUUCCGCAAGACCCAGAAGCCAGUAUGACGUGCAACAUGAAAAAUCGAACAAAUUCGCCUUGUUAUUUAGCUGGUGAUCCCCGAGUAAACCAGAAUCCUCAAUUAUCGAUACUUCAAGUAGUAUUGCUUCGUGAACAUAAUCGAAUAGCAGACAUUCUAUCAACAUUAAACCCCCUUUGGACAGAUGAAAUAGUGUUCCAAGAAACAAGAAGAAUCCUCAUAGCAAUGUUUCAGCAUAUCAGUUAUUAUGAGUAUUUACCAAUACUUCUAGGUGCCGAGAACAUGGUUAAACAUAAAUUAAUAUACCCAGACGAACAAAAAUACGUAAAUGAUUACGAUCCGAACAUUAACCCGUCUAUAAUUAACGAACACGCCACAGCCGCCAACAGAUUUUUUCAUAGCUCCGUGUAUGGACACUUAGAGAAAUACCUUAAAAACCGUAAAGAAGCUGACUCGAUUAGGCUUAGUGACUGGUUGGACGAUCCUUCAGUGAUCGAAAUGAACAAUAAUUUCCUUGAACUGUCUUUGGGCUUGACUAUUGAACACCAAAGAGCCAAUGAUAGAUAUUACGAUGUGGAAUUAACAGAAUAUUUUGAAAGAGGGAGUAAUGAAUUGGGUACUGAUUUACGAGCUAUAGACAUCCAACGCGGUCGUGACCACGGUAUUGGUACUUAUGUGAAUACUCGGGCGGUACUGGGCCUAGACGUGCCCAAAGCAUUCGACGACCUGGUUGGUUUAAUACCCGAUGACCUAAUAGAAAAAUUAUCAGAACUGUACCCAAGCAUUGAUGAUGUAGAACUGAGUGUCGCCGGAUCUUUGGAAAUACAAGAAAAGAACACUCAAGUCGGACCAACGUUUCUCGGUAUAUUGCUAAAGCAAUUUUACAACACACGCGUCGGUGAUAGAUACUUUUAUGAAAACGGAGAAAAUGAAAAAAUUGCAUUUACUUUAGAGCAGCUUCAGAGUAUUCGAUUAGGAUCGUCGGUGGCGCGAUUAUUCUGUGACAACGUGAAGGGUAUACAAAAGAUGCAACCAAAUCCCUUCGAGAAGAUAUCCGAGAAAAACAAACUGGUCCCAUGCGAAGAAAUUCCAACUAUCGACCUGAAUCUAUGGAAAGAGAAACCAAAGUCACUUUUAAAAAUCUGGCUUUCGUUUCUUAGUUCAAUUAUAUAA